GCUCCUUAUUUAUAUACCUGCUGAUACAAAAACAAUGAGUUUCCUGAUUGGACCAUUGCAGGAAAUCUGUGUUGCGCGCGUAUGUUUUGCAACCAUUCCAUGUAUCACAUCAAACCCAACCAUGCCUUGUACAUAUGCACCAUGAGUCCUUUCGGGGCGGUGAUCACGCCAGAAACGCUCAAGUACAUGUCCAAGUACCAGGGACGUGAGAUCACGCAGGUGGAUUGUGCGCGGGAGGCGAUGAGGCUGAUCCACGCGGAAGACAAGAACCUGCAAGCCGAGAAUUCCGCAUGGGAACUCAAGAAGAAGUUCGGCAACGGCGUGAGCACCAUGGUGCUCGUCUACAACGCCACCGGCGCCACCCUGAGCCUGGCGGACGACGGCCAGGACUGGACGGGCUCCGUCUACAGCUCGCCGAUCUCGGACACCUUCCACAACGGGCAGUGGAUCGCCUUCCUCCACGUCAAGCCCGCCGCGUUGGCGCUAGGCAGCCAGGCCGCCAGGGUGUUCCGCGGCAGGGACGUCGAUGGCCGGACUCGGGACUUCGUCGUCGCCUGGUACAUCCCGUGGGACAACAUAUCAACACGUGCUUACACUGAAAUUGGCAGUGAAAACUACUUCAAGACACGGUGGAGUAGUGUGAAAACGAGUCUAGGACAUGCAAGGAGAGUGACCCGUGCCAAGGACGAGAACUGUGCGUCAACGGUUAGCAUUGGUGGCUACACUACAGCCUUCUGCAUCGCAGUCCUACAACACCAGUUCCAGCCCCUGCCGGAAGAGCGCGAAUAAUCCAGCUGCAACGAGUUUGCGCGCGUGCGCAUCAUUAUUAUUACCUCCUAAUUUAAAUAAGUAGGUGUUUGGUUUCUAUGGACUAAUGUUUGGUCCCUUCAUUUUAUUCAUUUUUAGUCUAUAAAUUGCUAAAUAUAGAAACUAAAAUAAAGUUUUAGUUUCUAUAUUUAGUAAUUUUAAAACUAAAAUGAAAUAAAAUGUAGGGACUAAACAUUAGUCCCUAGAAACCAAACACCCCCUAAGCUGUGCACGCAAACGUACGACUGUACUAGUAUUUAUCUAUGUAUUACAUGUAUGUCGUCUAUUACAAUACUUAAUCUUUUCCUUCUAUGAGUUGAAGUUUUUUUU